UUCUAUUUUUUUCUUUGCGCUACUAGUAUUCAUAAUUUGUCAGCAUUUUCUUCUUUAAGUCGGAGGAAGGAGAACCUGUCGAUAUCAACAUGAAGUGUUUGUGCCUGUUCGCAUUUCUUGGAGUGUGCGGCGUUUUAGGGAACGACCAGAUAUGGGUUCAGCUGAUGUCCUCGCAGAUCGAGGAAGCGGCCGGGUACGACGUGCUUGCCGCAGACAAGAAUAUUCCGACCCUCGCUGGCGACCUUGGCCUCAAGACGCUCGUAACCUUGGUGAAGAAGGCAAACCUGGUGGACACACUGUCCGGCCCAGGCCCGUUCACGGUAUUUGGUCCAACGGACCAGGCGUUUGCCGCGCUUCCUAAGAAGUUCGUUGACUUCCUCAUGAAAAACAUGACAGUACUGACGGCCAUAUUGGAGUACCACGUGGCGAGCGGUAAGGUGCUCUCCUCCGACCUGAAGAACAACAUGCUCGUCCCCAGCGUGCAGGGGAAGGAUAUCCGCAUUAACAUCUACAAAGACGGGAAGGUGAUCACGGCGUCAGGGCGGCCAGUGACACUGCCGGACCAGGAAGCUACAAACGGCGUGAUCCACGUGGUAAGCGGGGUUCUAUUUCCGCCGGCAGGGACGGUCGUGGAUGUGGUGUCCAAGUGCCCCGUGUUCAAGACACUUUUAAAGGCCGUCACUAUUGCCGGUCUUGCAGACACAUUAAGCGGAGCCGGACCAUUCACCGUGUUCGCGCCCAGCGAUAAAGCUUUUGCCAGGAUUCCGAAGAAAUGUAUCGACGCCUUACUAAAGAACAAGACUCUACUUACAAGCGUGCUAGAGUACCACGUGGCACCGGCCGUCGACUACAGCGCCGGGCUGUCAUGUGGCGACGACGUGAAAACACUAAAUGGCGCCUCCGUCAAAAUCACCAAAAUGUUCGGUCACCUGAGGGUGAAUUAUGCACGUGUGGUGUACGCAGACGCUUCUGUUACAAACGGCGUGAUGCACGUGAUCGACCGCGUGCUCUUCCCGCGUGAAAUGAACGACCUCUGCGGCGAUGACGUCAUGGAUUACGAUGACGACAGCAGCGAAACGGAAGUCUUUGUUCCAUUCCAGUAAAUUACUAGUGCAAUAUAGGUGGAGCUGUUUGUUUGACUCGUUGGGACACGGGUAUAUUCCAUUUUGAACAAUUAUCACGUUUAAACAUUUCUGUGGCAUUAUAUUUUAGCAAAGCCAUUUGUCAUUAUGGUUCAAACUUUUCUUUACUGAGUUGAUUUGUUUGGUAUGUUUAUAUUGUAUGUGUGUAUGAGAAAUCCUUUUGCAUUUACAAUAAGUGAAUCUCUAUGCAAGACGUUUGAUAUUCUAAUACUUUGCUCAUGCUGUCUCUCGACAUUGUUAUACGCUGAUAUUGUUAGCUUUGUGUAAUUUAUGUAUAUUUCAUUCUUAUAUAAUAAAAUUCCUGAUUUCAA